AUGGACCUACCUGCUGAUGGGCCCUUUCCGUACCGGCCCCUUGAAGAAGAUGAGAUACGUCUACUCCAUGUUCAGUCUAGCGACUCGGACUUGAUUUGCCUUGAUCUUCACACUGUUCAAGCCCCAGCAAACCAAAGAUUUUGGGCUUUAUCCUACGUGUGGGGUCCCACCGACGAUCCCGCUGUAGUUCUUCUCAAUGGACAAUCAUUCACUAUCACAAGAAAUCUUUACCAUGCUCUUUAUGAAUAUCGGCGCCAUAUAUUUACGAAUGAAUCAAAAGUUACAAGUGCAUGGUUAUGGGUCGAUGCUAUUUGCAUCAACCAGAAUGAUCAAGUCGAAAAGUCCAUCCAAGUUCCCCGCAUGUCAGAGAUUUACGGCAAAUGCGAGCGCGUAUUAGCAUGGCUAGGCCCGGUCGACAAUGAGGAGGAGAGCUCAAUUUGCAAACUAGAAGAGACGUUGGUAAGUUUCUCGUUCUCGGUUGAGGAAGAUCAUGUCGAAGACAGCCGAAUCAAAACAUUUCUGGAGCUUGGGAAGUCGGAUAUUAAAGCUGCGGCCGAAGUUGAGUUGGUUCGAAAAGCAUUGGGAUCUAUUGGCCACCGUCCAUGGUUUCGACGAAUCUGGAUUCUUCAAGAAGCUGUUCUAGCCCAGAAAUCACCCAUCUUGCUUUGCGGGUCGUGUGAGCUUGGGUACGACAUUUUCUUCAAGACUUGGGUUCUGAUGCUGAAUCCGUCUGAGGAUGGACAGCUUCUUUAUUCAUUCAUGGCGGAGAACCCUGUCAGGUUCAAAGCUAUUGAAUUAGCGUACAAGAAGAUUUUGCAGAGCAGAAGCGGAACUGAUCAAGAACACAAAAAAGACUUGGCCGCCCAAGAAAAGCAGUGUGCGAUUGACAUCUUCAAGCUGUUGAAUGAGGCGACUGAGUUGGAAGCUACUGUUCCUCAUGACCGCCUCUAUGCCCUCCUUGGUCUUUUGUCUUCCAAUCCCUUGCCAAAGGCUCUUCAACUGGAUUAUAUAAAAUCUUUUGAGAGACUAUGCUACGAUUUCGUGUUGUUUAUUCUAGAGCAAAAGAAAGAUGUUCGGGUCUUGAACCUAGGCGCAGUUGGUUGUUUCAAAGAUGUACCCUCUUGGACGCCAGAUCUCCGAGAGAACUGGAUGGCGAAGGCAAACCUUGCGCCUAGUCUUGGAAGUUUCUUUCAGAUAUCACCUGAUGGCAAGGUUCUCACAAUGCCUGCAAUCGUUCUUGGUGCAUGUAUUUCGGCCAGCAGUCCCGCCACUCCAGAUGAAGAUUCUGGUAUCGUGCCAACAACGGCUUUCUUACAAUUUGAUGAGUCCAUCAUCGUGCCAGCCGCAGCGAUACGGAGAGAAACUCGUAUGUCAGUCAUGACCGAGUGGCUCAAAUACCACUUUUCAAGCAUAUAUACUGAUACUCAAUUGGAACAAAAUCCUGCGAUUUUGCAAAGGAUCAUGCUGGCAUACACAUGCAUGGUCCACAAUCAGCCUAUCUCGUCCCUUGGUACAAGAUAUGGUACUGAAGCACAGCUUCAAGGUGCAUUUGGCAUGGUGACAGACCCAAUCAUCCAAAAGGCCUUGGUUGGUUGCAGUAACUUCGUUUUACAAGAUGGUACAGGGGGAAGGUUGCUUCAUGAUAGCGACAUAGCCUCUGCUGGAGACAGGAUUUGCGUUUUCCAAGGUCUUUCUACUCCCUUUUUGAUAAGAUCGACUGAAGCAGGGGAUUGGAGGAUCAUUGGCCAAGUUUCGAAGUGGGAAAGCAACGGGGCGUAUCUACCUGAAGAGAUCCUGGAAAGAUAUCAUUGGUCAUUCGAGCGAUACCAUUUGGGGAAAAAGACUGAGCAUAAUGUUAGAAUGCUUGACAUACAAUAA